CCUGGUAACGUGGCACUGGACUGGAUCCUCGUUGAUGAGAAAGAGAAACCGAGACUCCUCGCCUUGAGAAACACGGGAUAGUGGAAACUUUUCGCUGCGUCAGUUAACAACACUCGGGUACAAACUGAGGACAGAAAAAAGGUGAUCGCUGGAGGCAAAGAAAAAAACCCGUUUCCUCUCCUCCGAAUGAGAAAUGAAAGUCCCUAAAAUUGUGAGUGUGAGAGACAGAUUCGGUGUCUCUGGGCUGUGUGUUUCCCCACAGUGGAGAGAGCUCUAACGCUCGUUGGCUGCACUAAUGAACCUGGUUAAAGGGGAAACUGGUUGAGUGACUGAGAGAUUGCAAAGGCAGAUAUACAUUAUAUAUAAACAUCUAUUUAUGGGAGCAAUCGCUCCCGGGACAGAGGCUCGGCCAUGGCGUGGUGGACAAGGAAAGCCAAAACGUUUGUGUCGACCUGUGUGAUCCUGAGCGGAGUGACCAACAUCCUGUGUCUGGUGUAUGUGUGUUGGGUCACCAACCGCAUCGCCAACGUGAAUGUGAAGGUCCAGCGCCCGGUGCCCGGUACACACACCGUGACCGAGCAGCACGAGGGCGGCAGGAGAGAGACCCUGAGGCUGAUGGAGAGGUUGGAUCGGUUGGAGCACGUUGUCAACCAACACUUACAAGACAUUCCGCAGAAAGCAGAGGAGAGCGUUGCCCGUGAAGGCGUCACCGACUCCUCGUUGUUCAGUCACUGGGGACAGGACCUCAGUCCUGAGCAACGCAACAUCGCCUUGAGGAAGUUUCAGUAUUAUGGCUAUAACAGCUACCUCAGUGACCAGCUCCCCAUGGACAGGCCUAUUCCAGACCUCAGGCCAGACGGCUGUCGAAACAUCAACUAUCCAGCGUCUCUGCCACAGAUUUCUGUGGUGUUUAUAUUUGUGAACGAAGCACCGUCUGUCAUCUUGCGAUCCAUUCACUCGGCCAUUGCCCGUACUCCCGCUCACCUGCUGAAGGAGAUCGUACUUGUGGAUGACAACAGCAACAACGAUGAACUCAAGCAGAGGUUAAGUGCUUAUAUCGCUGAGAUGAACGCACGGCAGCCUGGCUUUAUAAAGGUGAUCCGGCAUGACAAGCAAGAGGGGCUGAUACGCUCCCGAGUCAGCGGCUGGAGACUAGCCACAGCCCCUGUCGUUGCACUGUUCGACGCUCACGUGGAGUUCAGCGUUCAAUGGGCUGAACCUAUCCUUUCAAGAAUACAGGAUGAUCGCACACGGAUUAUUUCUCCAUCGUUUGAUAAUAUCAAAUAUGAUAACUUUGAGAUUGAAGAGUACCCGCUCUCGGCUCAGGGCUUCGACUGGGAGCUGUGGUGCCGCUACCUGAACCCCCCCAAGGAGUGGUGGAACCUCGGAAACACAACCACCCCCAUCAGAAGCCCUGCUCUGAUUGGCUGCUUUGUGGUGGACCGGGUGUACUUUGAGGAGAUCGGUUUGCUGGACGAAGGGAUGGAGGUUUACGGCGGGGAGAACGUGGAGCUGGGGGUUCGGGUGUGGCAGUGUGGGGGUAGUGUGGAGGUGCUGCCGUGCUCACGACUUGCUCACAUCGAGAGAGCGCACAAACCCUACACUGAGGACCUCACCAAACACGUGCGCAGGAACGCGCUGAGAGUGGCCGAGGUGUGGAUGGACGAGUUCAAAAGCCAUGUUUACAUGGCCUGGAACAUUCCCAGAGAGAAUUCAGGAAUCGACAUCGGGAACAUUUCAGACAGGAUAGCCCUUAGGCAGAAGCUGAACUGCAAAAGCUUCAAGUGGUACCUGCAUAACGUUUAUCCAGAGAUGAGGAUGUACACAGACACAGUGGCCUAUGGCGUGCUCAGAAAUUCCAUGAAAAGUGAUUUGUGCCUUGAUCAAGGGCCGGACAUGGACAAUAUUCCCAUUAUGUAUAUUUGCCAUGGAAUGACACCGCAGAACAUUUACUACACGAACAAUCAGCAGCUGCGGGUGGGCUUGCUGAGCCCCACUGUCGAUGAUGAUGAUAACAGGUGUCUAGUGGAUGUGAACGGCAGGCCCAGGCUGAUCGAGUGCAGUUAUGCCAAAGCUAAGCGGAUGAAGCUUUACUGGCAUUUUACUCAGAGAGGUUCGAUACAGAACAAAAAAUCAAAGAGGUGCCUAGAACUUCAACAAAGUGCUGACAAUGAGUUUGGGUUCCAACUUCUGCUCGACAAGUGCACUGGCCAACGAUGGACCAUUUCAAAUCUCCUGGAGACGGGAUCUUCAUAAUGGACUUCCAGCACUUCGCAAUCUCGGAAAUUAUUUUCAUGGCUACCGUGUAGCAUGUUGCAAACUCGUCUGGUGUAAUGUUAUGUUUAUGUCUCAGGUUUGUGGGAUAAAGAGAGCGAUUUUUUUUGUACGUAA